AUCCAGCAGGAGACUUGGCAACAAAGUACUCCGACUUUCAUUAGGACGCUAAGCGCCGAGCGCGUUUGCAUCUGAGGCGAUUACUCCAUUUUCAUUUCGGUCAAGAGUUUAAUGUACAGGCUUUUAGGGAUAAAUGUGUAAAUUGAUUUUUAUGUCUGUAUUUAAAUAAAUCUUUUUAGUUAAUUAAAAAUUAGGUAAGGUAGCCCGAGGUUAGCUUUGGGAACCUCCUGCUGCUGCCGGUUUAUACUUUGGUGUAGUUUUAUUUUAUUCGAUUUUAUUUAAAUCUCGACUCUUUAUAGCGUUUUGUACAUUUAUACAUUUAUAAUUAUAAAUACUGCUGCUUUAAUUGGGUUUAUGUUUUAAUUAUCAGGUUACAAUUUCCUUUAUUUUAAUCUCCGUUUUCGAGCUAACCGAUUAGCCGCAUCCUUGCUAGCGACUGAAACCAAGUUAAGAAGGAAAGUUGGCUGAAAGGCGAAACUGAGGAUUUUUUCCUUUACAUUGUUUUUGAUGAAACUUGUUGCUGAAACCCAUGUUGGAAAUGUAGGCUGGUUUUAAAGCACAACCUCAUUAGGAGUAAAAAAAAAAAACAGAGAGAGAGAAAGGAAAGGGAAAACCGUAGAGCGCUCGUGUGAGAAGCCUUCAGCAUCAGCAUGCUCCUCUUCCACUGAUCCAGUCACCAUGGCGGUGUGGAAGCGGCUCCUUUCUGCAGAGCUCCAGCAGGUGCUGCGGGUGUUGCUGCCCUCAGAAUAAACGCGCUUAAAGCACGUUCAGUGUUUUAUUCGGAGAUAAAUUUAGUUAAUAAAGUCGGUUGUGUGUUAGAGACACGCGGAGGCUGAGAGUCAGUGAGGAGGAAAUGGACGCUGUGGAUCAUCCAGUGGGGCUGCAGCCGGGCUUCAGUGUGCGUGAUCACAGGCUGCUCUCUGACCAGGACCAGACUACAGCGACUAAUGACCGCGCUGCUGCUGCUGCCGCCGCUGGCCGCUGUGGUGAAGCCUGGAAAUUAGUGUGUGUGUCUCUGUAUGGAGGAGCUCCGUGGGGUUUCACUCUGAGAGGAGGACGGGAACAUCGAGAACCUCUCAUCAUCACCAAGGUUGAAGAAGGCAGCAAGGCGGCAGACGUGAGGCUCCUGGUAGGAGACGAGCUCGUAAACAUCAACGAGGUUCCCCUGAGCGGCUACAGACAGGAGGCCAUCUGCUUAGUCAAGGGCUCCCACAAGACUCUUACUCUGGUGGUGAAAAGGAGGAUGAAAAUGGUGGAUAUUGUAGCACAGAAAAUGCCAUCAGAGAGUGACGUUCAUGUGGCCCGAAGCUUUCUAACGAAGAUUUUGCGAAGUUCAAUGAGGAAAAAUGAGCCCAUGAGCAGGCCUCACUCCUGGCAUUCCACCAAAUUCAAUGAGAACCAAUCAGAUACUGCCAAAAUACAGUCCACACCCUCGCCAGUCUGGCAAACAAGAUAUGAUGCAAGUUCCUUUCCUUCGGACCUCACUACUGGUUGGGACCAGCCUAAUUUGCGCAGAGUAUCUGACCAGUUCAGCUCCUUGGGCAGCAUGGAUAGUUUAGAGCACGGCUCUUAUCCCUAUCCACCUGGACGCCUGUCUCCGAGCAAAUCUAACGGCAACAGUGUCGAACAUUUAGUGGGUGGAAAAAGAGAUUCUGCCUAUAGUUCCUUUUCAACUAGCUCAGGGACGCCUGAUUACACCCUGUCCAGAAGCAACGCAGCUUCCACAGAGAAUAUGCUGUAUAAAGUUAACCAGUGGGACUCGGGCAGUCGGCCUAACCACAGCAGACACAGUCAACACCUAAGUGAAGGGGCCAGACAGGAUGACAGAAUAGGCCAUCUCCAGCUACCUACAGUAAGCACUGGUCGAGAAAGCCCAAGAACAGAGGAGCAGCCAGGCUACCGUCAUUCUGCUUCCGGAAGGUCCAGCAUUGCGCCUGUUUGGCAUGUUCCUGAUAUGAAGAAGGCUAUAGCCCCAUCUCCUCCACCACCAGUGCCACCAACACGCAGUGAUAGUUUUGCUGCGACCAAGAUUCAUGAAAAGGGUUUGGUCUCCAGCUACCCUGAGAAUGCAGGAAUUCAUACCCAGAUCCAAGGCAAAGGAUUAAAAACAGCAACAGAGAUGACUGAAAGUAAUCAAAGGAUUUACCAUGCAACUGAAUCAGGCCUUGAAACUUGUCAGAACUACAAUCCACAAGUUAAAAGAGGCAUAAUUAAUCCAUAUGCCACCAGUGAUUGCUAUAAUCAACAAAUUCUUCUUCCAAACACGAACAAGAAGUACUCGCCCUCUAGCACUGAGCCGUCCUACACUCGCUUGGCCUACCAUAAACGUCAGUACAGUGAUGAGAGCACUUUUCAUGCGCCACCUAGGACCUCGUCUACAGGCAAAUCUCAGAGUUUUUAUAGCAGCAUGCAGGAGUUACCCACCAACAACCAUGCACCCCAACAUGGCCAGAACCAGAUCAGAAGGCACGUUGCAUCAAUGUCCAGCACUGAUCUUGACCAAAGCUCUGACAGGCAAAGCUCCAACCGGUAUUACUGUGUCACAGCUCGGCAGCCAUCUCAGGGAGGGCCCCAGGCUUCUUUAUUUCAGGUGGAGGACAGGAGUGUUAAUUCUUUAAUGGAAAUCAACCAAAGUGGCGGUGAUAGAACUUCCAUAAGCUCUCAAGGACAGUUUAAGGACAGGUUCCCCACAUCUCAGGUUUUACAGCACCCAAAUUGCAAAGAUAGCAAUGGAUAUUACAGGCAGGUUGACAGCCAGCAUCGGGUGUACACAGCCGUUAAUAAGUCUUCUUUUGAUGAUACAACAGCUAAAGAAUCAGAGGUCAGUGUAAUUCAGAAGAAAAACACUGUGACAAACUCCGAUAGCCAUUUCACAAAGCACCAUGAGCAAGGAAAGACCUCUGAAUUUUACCAAUUGGGAGAAUCCUCCAAAGAACAUUUGCCAACUAAAAGUGAGACUGCAGUAAGCCCCCAGAAAACCCCUAUGCUGCACUCUCUUUCUAAUGACAGUAGUAGAUUGAGUGAUGUACAAAGUAAUAUGGGUAAUGCUGAUGGACGACAGGAAUUCAUCGAUCCCCAGAAUGACAGGCAGGUGUGCCGUAGUGACCGUUUUGCCACCACAUUGCGAAAUGAGAUCCAGAUGAGGAGAGCUCAGCUUCAGAAGAGCCGAAGUGCAGCAGUCUUGAGUGGGCCGGCUGAUCCUGAAGAAGAGCCUUUAGUUUGGAAGUCCACGGAUAUCUCUUCACCUUCCUCUGAUGGUACCUUUACAAGUGCCUACAAAGAUCAUCUGAAGGAGGCCCAAGCUCGAGUCCUUAAAGCUACCUCUUUCAGGAGGAGGGACUUGGAGCCAGUGCUGCUAGAGCACCCAGGAACUGAACUUCUGUUUUCUACUCACAAGGAUACACCAUCACUUCCAAUUGUCUCAGAGAUCCCAUCAAGUAAGCCUGCCUCAGGCACAAACCAUGUGCUCCGUAUAUGUGGUCGAAAACGUUUUCCAGUCGAGAAAAAGUUGCGCUCCUACUCCGAGCCUGAAAAAAUCAACGAGGUCGGAGUUGAUGAGGAGCCAAAUCCACAAGAUAAUGACCUAUCGCUAGUAAACAGGUGUAAAGUCUUUGAGACAUCCUUAAAACUUGCUUAUCGCAAACCCAUGUUGAAGCAAAAUCUGCAAAUAUCUGAAGACCCCAGACUGGACCAGCCUGGAGCAUUACCUCAGUCUGGACAAGGUGAUAUCACCAAAAAGGAGAGCGAUAGUAAGGCAACAGAUGGUGGCUCGAAUUCCGCACAGAGACUGGGCACUUUUGCAGAGUAUGAGGCGACAUGGAACACACAGAGAAAAGCAGAUUCCAGGACGUCUGGGAGGUACCACUCAGCCGAUAACAUCCUUGAUCCAGCAGCUGACGAGCGACCUAAGCCGUCCUAUUUUCAUGAAAGGUCACGCUCCUCUCCCUCAGAGGACUUCUAUGGUCAGAACAUCCCUGUGCAAGGAAGGAAAUCAGCUGAACACUGUCCACCUGAGAGAAAACUCUCCGCUCGUGACAACUCCACUGAGAGGUUAAGUGAUGGAGAAUGCAAGGAUUUAUUGCCCAAGCUGAACCAGGAACCAGCAUCACUUUUAUCAGCAGGAGAGUUGGAAAGAAAGGUCCCAGAUCCACCAACCACUCCUAAAUCUCCCCUCAUCCCUUCUGGUCCAUCUCAACAGAGUCCAUCUUUCCCAGAUCAUACCAUCCUCACUGAAAUCUCUUCCAAUACAAAGAACAAAGGUUCAAUUUCUCUGAGACCUCAUCAGACCCGCCAGGACAAGCACAAAUGCCCCGAGGCCACUGCUCCUCUGGUCGCCUCACAGGGAGGAACUGGUGUCUCUCACUCGCCCAUUAAAGACACUUUAGUCCACGCCCCAAUAUCCUGGAGGGACCCGGACAAUAGUGAGGGCCUAAAAGGAGAGGAGGAGACUCAACUGGAGACCAUACCCCUUCCUUCUUUUCCUCCUGCUCCUCCUCCUGAGCCUCCUGCCCACCUGACUCCACCCAGCAUGGAAGGGCAGCGUUCACCAUCACCUCACUUUGCUCCCCAGAGACUGACUGAUAAGCCCCCUGUCUCUGUCUCCCAGCAGGAUGAAGCCACAGGAAGGAUGGGCACGGUGAUUGACGACAGCACCACUGUGAAAAAAGUGCCCAUCAAGAUCGUCCACUCGGAAAGCAGUACAGAGAAAGAAAAUCGACAGUACCUUCACCCUUCAGCUGAGACCCCUCUCAGCCCACAGCCCACAGUCCUGUCUCUGUCCAGUCUAGGAGCUCCAGAGCAAUCCUCUUCUCCAUUUUGCACGUAUACCCGUCAAAAGGAACAGGAGAAUGAAUCGAUGGGCCCUCAAAACGAGCAGGAGCUGCAAACUGAUGUCUCUGGAUCCCAGGAGCUACAGGAAGGCCCCUGUGUGGAUCAGAGCACUAAUGGAGUCUCCUCAGGCAGUCUCAGUGCUUCUUCUCACUUUGAGGAAGAUCAGAAGAGAGAAGUGUUGGCAAGGAACAUUAUAGACAAAGACAAGUCUUUGGCAGACAUUUUGGACCAAAGCAAUAGGAGGACCACUAUGGACCUGAUGGAAGGGAUUUUCCCAGAAGGAGAGCAGCUAGUUGAUCAAGCACACCAACGCAGGAGAGCUGCACCCAGACUUUCUUCCUCACGGAACUCAGAAGAGAGGAGGGAAGAGGACAGCGUGGCUGCGGCGGCGGCCGCUGCAGCAGCUGCUCUAGUGACCAGCUCGGCUUAUUACAGCACAUCAGCUCCCAAAGCAGAGCUACUUAUUAAAAUGAAGGACAUGCAGGAGCAGAGUGUAGAACCUGAAUCUGAAGAGGAGCUGGAGGAGGAAAACGAUACCGAGCUCGCCAACAAGAAGCACGAGCUGAUUGAGAGCCUGAGCAAGAAGCUGCAGGUACUACGUGAGGCACGUGAAAGUCUUCAGGAGGACAUGCAGGACAACAAUGCUCUGGGCGAGGAGGUUGAGGCCACUGUGCAGGCCAUCUGCAAACCCAACGAGCUGGACAAAUUCCGCAUGUUCGUCGGGGACCUGGACAAAGUGGUCAGCUUGCUUCUGUCUCUGUCUGGACGACUGGCACGUGUAGAAAACGCACUCAACAGCCUAGAAGAGGAUGCACCACUCGAGGAGAGGCGCACGUUGAUGGAGAAGCGCAAGCUGUUAAUCCGGCAGCACGAGGACGCCAAGGAGCUUAAGGACAACCUGGACAGACGAGAACGAGUGGUCUACGACAUCCUGUCCAGCUACCUGCAGGAGGAGAACCUGGCCGACUACGAGCACUUCGUCAAGAUGAAGUCGGCCCUCAUCAUUGAACAGCGUAAACUGGAGGAUAAGAUCAAACUCGGCGAGGAGCAGCUCAAGUGUCUGAUGGACAGUUUGCCCCCAGACCAGAAGUCACAUUUUUGAGAAAUGGCAAACGGACUGAACACUUGAAAGACUUAACACUGCGUCACAAUUUCACGGUGCUGAGACCGUGAUGCUGCCAGUGUUUUUCAGAAAGCUCUCGCUUAAUGUUUGUGAACAGAGCUGCACCACUUUUUUGACUGCUUUAGAACCACACCCAACUUUGGGCUGCACCAUUGCCGUUCAAUCCUGUGUGAUUAUUGUGAUUUAUAAUCAAUGCUGUACUUGAUGAGAUGAAAAUUUCAAAGCUCUUACCGUAGUUUAUCUGAUGUAUUAUCCCAAGCUUGUCCCAGUUACUCUAUAAUUAUCCAGUGCUACUGUAAUUUUGCUUUUUGACCACUAGAAGGCGGUGGAAGAUGGUCACAUUUGCCUCGACCACAUGGUACAACCAAUUUUCCACUUAUCCCUUACACUAGCAUACACAUAGAAGACCCUAACAUGACCAUUUACAGCUCUAUUCAUAACCCUUCUCUCAUAUUUAACUUUCUAUCUGUGAUUAUCUCGCUUUUCACUCUGGUGCAUUGUUUUAUUGGCAUCAGACUUUGCCCUUGUUAUGUCUAAAACAAUUAAAUGUUGUUUUUAGUAAUUUAUUGUAGACUUUUAAAUCUGUAAAUAAGACUAGACUGUGAGAGUAUUUACCCUUUCACUUUGCUUGAUCUUAGCCAGAAAAAUUCCUUUUUAGCUUACAUGCAUUUUACAAAAGAAAUGUGGUUAUAUCCAGUGAAGUGUAAUGUUGGAAUUAGAACCACUUCUCCACCUGCUUUUUGUAAAGUAUUUCAGAGACUACCUGAGCAAAACAAUAUUCUCACUGAACAUUUUGUCUAUAAAGCUUGUCUAUAAAACACUGCCUUUCACUCA